GAACUCGGAGCUCCUCCGUAAAUCUCACAGUAAAUCCCUUUAGCUGCCAGUUGACAUGUCGGACUGAUCUCUGCGGGAACUUUCAGGAAAUGCAACAGGUGGAGGAGCCGGAGGGACGAAGUGCGGACUGCCAGGAGACUUUCUGCUCCUCCGAACCGACACCACGGUCUCAGGGGGCUCUGUUACCGGGCCCGGUGCGUUUAUGAGCGGUCACCGUGAACAAAUUUGACCCCGCGACUCUCCGUUUGUUUGCUGUCGUUAUCAGCGCUCGUUAGCGUCCCGGCUAGCUGCUGAGAGCUUCGAGGAGCCGGACACAGACUCACUCGUUCACACGGUCAGGUGGCACCAUGGAUGAAAACAGCCUCAGCGACUCCAACGUCAAGGUCGCUGUUCGGGUGAGACCCAUGAACAGGAGAGAAAAAGACCUAAAAACAAAAUGUGUGGUGGAGAUGGAGGGAAACCAGACAGUUUUGUAUUCAUCCGUAACCAACGCGAACAAAGGAGACCCCCGGACUCAGCCAAAGGUUUUUGCCUACGACUACUGCUUCUGGUCUAUGGAUGAAUCCCAAAAAGACAAGUUUGCGGGUCAGGAUGUGGUGUUCCAGUGCCUUGGAGAAAGUCUGCUGGACAACGCCUUCAUGGGAUACAACGCCUGCAUCUUUGCCUAUGGACAGACAGGUUCUGGGAAGUCGUACACCAUGAUGGGCUCAGCAGAGCAGCCCGGUCUGAUCCCUCGACUCUGCAGCUCCUUGUUCGGCAGGACGGUGCAGGAGGCCAGAGAGGGAGAGAGCUUCACCGUGGAGGUUUCCUACAUGGAGAUUUACAACGAGAAGGUUCGAGACCUGCUCGACCCCAAAGGAAGUCGACAAGCUCUGAGAGUCAGAGAGCACAAAGUUCUGGGGCCUUACGUUGACGGUCUGUCCCGGCUGGCUGUGGCCAGCUACAAGGACAUAGAGUCUCUGAUGUCAGAGGGAAAUAAAUCUCGCACAGUGGCGGCGACGAACAUGAACGAAGAGAGCAGCCGAUCCCACGCUGUGUUCAACAUCAUCCUCACGCACACACUCAUGGACAUGCAGUCUGGAACCAGUGGAGAGAAGGUGAGCAAGCUGAGUCUGGUGGAUCUUGCUGGAAGCGAACGAGCGGCGAAGACCGGAGCAGCAGGUGAAAGACUGAAAGAAGGCAGCAACAUCAACAAGUCUCUCAGCACUCUGGGCUUAGUUAUCUCGGCUUUGGCCGACCAGGGAGCUGGAAAGAACAAGAGCAAGUUUGUUCCCUACAGAGACUCUGUGCUCACCUGGCUGCUCAAGGACAGCCUCGGAGGAAACAGCCGCACCGCCAUGGUCGCCACCAUCAGCCCGUCAGCCGACAACUACGACGAGACGCUUUCCACGCUGCGCUACGCCGACAGGGCCAAGAGCAUCGUGAACCACGCCGUCGUGAACGAAGACCCCAACGCCAGGAUCAUCCGCGAGCUCCGAGAGGAGGUGGAGAAACUGAGGGAGCAGCUCACAGAGGCUGAGUCUAUGAAGGCGCCUGAGCUGAAGGAGCGACUAGAAGAGUCUGAGAAACUGAUCCAAGAAAUGACGGUCACCUGGGAGGACAAACUCAGAAAGACUGAGGCGAUUGCACAGGAGCGUCAGAAGCAGCUGGAGAGUCUGGGCAUUUCUCUGCAGUCGUCCGGCAUCAGAGUGGUGGAAGACAAGUGCUUCCUGGUCAACCUGAACGCUGAUCCUGCCCUCAACGAGCUGCUGGUCUACUACCUGAAAGAUCACACCCGCGUGGGCUCGGCCAACUCACAAGACAUCCAGCUGUGCGGGAUGGCCAUCCAAGCCGAGCACUGUGUCAUCGACAUCAUGGAGAACAACGGCGUGAUGCUCACUCCUCACCGCAACGCUCGAACUUGUGUAAACGGUGCUGUAGUCACCAGCCCAGUACAGCUUCAUCAUGGUGACAGAAUCCUGUGGGGAAACAACCACUUCUUCAGGAUCAACCUACCCAGGCAUAUGGUCCACGCGGGGGGCGACGACGAGGAGGGCGGCGCCACGAUGAAGACGUGUUUGAGCACCGACCGGCUGGAGGUGGAUUUGGAUGCGGCCAGCGACGUGUCGAGCGAGCUGAGCUUCGGCUAUGAGUUCGCACAGGCCGAGGUCAUGAUGAAAGGCAUGGGCAACAACGACCCCUUACAGUCAGUGUUGCAGACUCUGGAGAGGCAGCACGAGGAGGAGAAGCGCUGUGCUCUGGAGCGUCAGAGGCUGAUGUACGAACACGAGCUGCAGCAGCUCCGCCAGCGACUCACCCCUGAGAAACCCUCCCACCUCCUGGAACCAUCAGGCCUCCCGGUCGGUGCCACUGCCAUCACAUCGCCCAGCUCCCAGAAACGCGUGCGGCGCUGGAGCGAGGACAGAGAGGCGAUGAUGACUCGCAGCCUGCGGCGUCUUCGGGAGCAGAUACUUCGAGCCAAGCUGUUGGCCCAGGAGGCCGGUUUCAUCGCAGAGGAGCUCAGCAAGAGGACGGAGUAUCUGGUGACUCUGCAGAUACCUGCCGCCAACUUGGAUGCCAACAGGAAGCGUGACGCGGUGCUGAGCGAACCGGCCAUCCAGGUCCGCCGUAAAGGUAAAGGGAAGCAGAUCUGGGCUCUGGAGAAGAUGGAGAACAGGCUGGUGGACAUGAAGGAGCUCUACCAAGAGUGGAAGGACUUUGAUGAAGAUAAUCCUGUGAUGCGGUCCUACUUCAAACGUGCCGACCCGUUCUUCGACGAGCAGGAGAAUCACAGUCUGAUCGGUGUGGCCAACGUUUUCCUGGCCUGCUUGUUCUACGACGUCAAGCUGCAGUAUGCAGUGCCCAUCAUCAACCAGAAGGGAGAGGUUGCGGGUCGGCUGCAUGUGGAGGUGUGGAGAGGCACCGAGAGCACUGAGGAGGAAGGUGCAGCACAAACCGACACUCAGCUGAGCAACACAGACGGAGACGCACAGGAGCGAAAACUGGACUGUGUGGUGAAACUCCUCCAGGCCACCGGUCUUCCUCGCCAUUUGUCCAACUUCGUCUUCUGUCAGUAUCACUUCUGGGGGCAGGAGGAGCCGGUGUUCACAGCUCCAGAGGUGGCGCCGUCGAGCUCGUCGUCUGCCUCCAGAGACCCUCAGUGCACUGUGGUGUUUGACAGCGCCAAGGAGCUGUCUGUGCCAGUAUCAGAGGACUUUGUGGAGUUUCUGGCUGAGGGGGCGGUGGCCAUUGAAGUGUACGGCCACAAACAGGCCAACCAUCGCAGGAACCUGGCACUGUGGGACCUGGGAGUGAUUCAAGCCAAGACCAGAUCCCUCAGAGAGAGGUGGAGCGAGGUGACCCGUCGGCUGGAGCUGUGGGUGCAGCUGAUGGAGCUGAAUGAGGCGGGAGAGUUUACACCUGUAGAAGUUCAGCCUGCUAAAGACGUCCGCACGGGGGGAAUAUUCCAGCUCAGACAGGGUCAGUCUCGUCGGGUCCAGGUGGAGGUGCGAUCGGUGCCAGACUCCGGCACUAUGCCCCUCAUCACAGCCUCCAUCCUCUCUGUGUCUAUCGGAGACGUAAAAGUCCAACAGAUGCGCCCCUCCAAAAAUGAUCCACCAUGGGGUGGGGAUGAGGAAAUGGACAGCUAUCAAGAGGUGGACCUGGAGAGGAUGAGGGAGCAGUGGUUGGUCACACUCACCCAGAGACAAGAGUAUCUGGAUCAACAGCUGCAGAAGAUAGUUUCAAAAGCAGAUAAGUCAGAGGACGAUGUUGAAAGAGAAUCUCAGCUGCUGGAGUGUCGUCUGACCCUCACAGAGGAACGAAACGCUGUUCUGGUGCCGUCGGCCGGCAGCGGCAUCCCUGGCGCGCCAGUAGAGAGGGUUCCUGUACCUGGAAUGGAAACACACAUUCCCGUCCUGUUCCUGGAUCUCAGUGCUGAUGAUUUCCAGUCCAACCUUUCUGCCCCGCUGGCCGGGGGCCUGGAUGCGCUGCUCAGCGGGGAAGACGAUGACGAGUUCUUUGACCUUCACAUCGUUAAACACUGCGACCCAGAGGUGAAGGUGGAGGCGUCUUGGGACUCGACAGUCCACGAGUGCUCCCAGCUGAGUCGCGUGACGUCCACCGACCAGAGGGUCUACCUGACGGUCCGCGCUGUGAUCCAGCUGAGCCACCCGGCCCACAUGCAGCUGGUCCUCAGGAAGCGCAUUUGUGUCAACGUCAGCGGGAGACAGGGUUUUGCCCAAAGCCUGCUGAGGAGGAUGUCUCAGCGCAGCACCAUCCCCGGCUGUGGAGUCACCUUUGAAAUUGUUUCUAACAUCCCAGGCGAUAUCCACGGUCCAGAGGACAGGGAGAUGCUGGCCAGGCUGGCUGCCAGCGCCGAGGACGACCAAUCAGCCGACAGCGAGGCAGCCAUAGAGAAAUACCUCCGCAGCAUCCUGGCUGUGGAGAACGUCCUCACUCUGGACAGACUCAGACAGGAGGUAGCUGUAAGAGAACAGCUGGCAGUCAGAGGAAAAGCCGCCAGACGCUGCCUGAGCUCUCCAGACUUCAACCGGCUGUCAGGCAGCUGUCUGGAUCUCUACUCCUCCACUCAUAGGCUCAGUGACUUUAAGGGCUGGGAGAGUCAUCAGGACCUUUCCGUGUUUCCUCCUCCUCCAUCCAGACGAACGCUGCCCAGCUCUAUAUCCCAGAACCUGAACCCCGAGACAGUGAAGGCCGUACCCAAGCUGCUGAAGUCGCUGCUUCCUGGUGGGAAGGAAGAUAGUCGGGACCAGACAGCUGUCCAUCAGCAGGAUGUGCCUCGCAUUGUGGUGCAGUCGGCCAGCGUCGAAGACGGCAUGAGCAAACAUCAGCAGCCGAUUCCUACUGAGGAAGUAAUUCCUCCCGACAUCCAAACUGAGAUCUCCAGUUCUGUGCCCCUUCCACCCCCGAUCAUCCCAGAGACAGAAGACUCCACACCCAGUCCGGUGAGCGAAGCGUCCAGUGGAUACAUGUCGACCAGCAUAUCAACGGCAACUCUUUCAGAGGUUUACACUCUGAGCUGGGACCUUCCACCAUCAUGCAGCAGCAGAGCAGAUGGCUUUGACGCAGUGCCAGAUGAAGAGGAAGAGGAAAGUAAAGUGGCACAAAAAGACUUACCGCUUUUUGUCACCUCACAGUGCGACACUGGUCUUGAAUCUUUUCAUGCUGAACUGGAGCCUCAGGAGUCAUUGUUGGGUUUGAAUGAGCAGGCGCCUGCAGAAACGACUUACCAGCCUCCAUCAGAACCAAACGAUCCUGUGCCAGAUUCACAUCUGACUCAACAAGAACCAAAUCUGUCUCCAGCUGUCCAGCUGAGGGAGGUAGAAGAGCCUGACUCAGUUGCAGAAACAGAAUUACCAGGUCAGAUCAAACAAGAACAAGACACGACAACUGGUCAAGUUGGAUCAGAACAAUUAGACAAAUUAGAGACACUUAAAGAUACAGUGGAUGAACAAGAAAAUGAAACCAAACAUGCAGAAUCACCACAAACACACCUUUCUAAACCAGAGUUUCCUUCGCCUGAAAAUCUUGAGGUGGCUGCUAUGAAUGAGACAGAAUGUGAUCCGUCACUUCACAGUGAAACACAAGCAGCCCAAGAAGGCGAAAGUCAGUUGGAAUCAGUUGUCCCACUGCAGCCAAAACAAGAUCAGACAGCUUCUGAAGCUUCACCUGCUGCUCCAGAACCACCUGAAGAAUCUGCUCCUCAAGCUUCAUCAAAGGAACAAGCAACUUCUGAAGUCUCUGACCCUAACAGUGCCUCCACCCUGCCCUCAUCUUUGGCCACAGAUGAGGCCCAACAGAAAGCACCUUCUGAUACUUCUGCCAAAGCUGAUGCAGGUCCUGCACCUCCUGCGGUCGACACUCAGGCUUCCAAAUCCUCAGCGGCAAACCCCUUCAAGAUCCAGAAAGUGAAGUCUUCAGACCUCAAGUCCUUUCAGCGGAUCCUGGGUGAGGAGGAGGGUAUGCUUGGACAGGUGGGCCGGGCCAGCAGCCUCGGGGCUGGCCUCAACCUCUCUGUGCCAAUGGAAAGCCUGGAGAUCAUCUCUGACUCGGAAGAAGGAGACGCUGCUGCUUCUGCCAUCCUUCCUGAUUGGUUGAAAGAAGGGGAGUUUGUGACUGUGGGAUCCAAUAAGAGUGGCACAGUGCGAUAUGUGGGACCCACAGAUUUUGCAGAAGGUACCUGGGUGGGAGUAGAACUGGAGGUACCAGCAGGAAAGAACGACGGCUCGGUGGGAGGGAAGCACUACUUCCACUGUAACCCUGGCUACGGGGUGCUGGUGAGACCAGACAGAGUGACCCGCGGAGGUGCCAAACGCCGCCGCCAGCAGCAGCAGCAGAAGCGCCGUAGUGCCAACCUGUCCGGUUCCAGCCCAAACCUGGCAGCUCUUACAGCUCUGGCCAAAGGUGAGGCUGGUGGAGCAUCAACCGGCCGCGCUAGAGGAGAGAACCGCAAAUCAUGGAACAAUUAGGAGGUCUGCUAAAGCGCUAACUGCCGGUCAACCAUCAUCAUGCCCAACAGCUGGUUGAUGGGAUUAUCGGGUGAGCUCGUAGAGACAGUGGAGGCACAGCAGUUUUAAUUUGGGCAGGUUUACUACAUGAUGCUCUGUAAGUUUGGAUGAGUCACUUCAUGGUCCCCUGUUAGCUGUUUCCAUUCCUACCUAGUGUACUUAGCAAUUUAAAACUACAGAGAAAUAUUGAAUGUUUCAUCAGAAACUGUGAAUGUUUUUUAGGUUUGUAAAUGCUAAUAACCAUUUCUCUGUAAUUAAUGUCAUUUUUUAAAUGUAUUUAUUCCGGUGACAUUAAAUCACAAUCAAAGCACUGCCUCAAAAUCAGCACAGUUUUAGUGUAUUUGCAUAAGCAAGUCAAUUAUUGGAAAAAGUAGCUGAAGUUCACUGGAUGAAACUCCAAAGGUUAGACAACAUCUUUACACGCUCACAUUUCUACAGUUUGACAGACGCCACACAUCGACUUUAAUGUCAGUUUCUAUUUGUAAAGUUUGAUCGAAUGCUGUCGUUUUAUUCGUGUGCCUUUUUAAAUGCUAUGACUACUACUCAGCCAAUGUGCCUUAGUGAUACACCACCUAGCUCUGUUAUUGGUAGGUGGCAAACUGCUCACCAGCUGUUAAAGAGGCCUGUCAUGGCUCUUGAAUGUGUUUUUCUACUGUUGGACAAACUUGCACUCUUUUAUGGUAAAUUCUACUGAAAUCUUGCAAAAGUUUUAAAUCAGCUUUGUCUCUUUUCUUACCAAGCAAGUGUGGAUUGGACGUGACUUGUUUUCACUAGUGAAUGGUCAAAUUCUGCUGUUGAUUUGUCUGUAAGGAUACGUGAGGGAUUCUGUUUGUUGUAACGCAUGUAGCGCUGAUUUUUAAGGUGUUUUAUACAUAUGCAUUUAAGUCGACCAUUUUUUGAUCUCUUGGAUGCUUAUUUAUUAAAAGAUGAAGACAGGUGAUGUUAAUGAAAAGCAACAAGUUUUUAUAUUGAUGAUGUUCAAUAAAUUUCAUAUCUGGUGCAGAUUGGAAAAAAA